AUAUUUUUUAAAUUAAUUAUUUUCUCAAUUUCUAUCAAUUAUUUAAAUUACUAAAGUAUACUGUACAAAACAAUAAACACAAAAAAUAAUAAAAAAGAUAAUAUUUAGAAAAAAAUGGAAGUAGAAAAUUAAAUAGUUUUAAGCGAUAUAGCAGAUGAUUGUUUGUUUAGGAUUUUAUCUAAUUUAAAUUUUUAAGAAUUGUUAAUACUUAGAAAAGUUAAUAAAAGGUUUUAUAAAUUUAUAAAUUAAAAUGAGUUUUGGAAGAUUUACUACUAUUAUAAUAAAAAUUGUUUUUAAGUAAAUUACAAAAACUUAUCAUCUUUAGAAGUUCUAAAUUAUUAUAAUCUUCUGGAUAUCAUGCUGAAUAACUACACAAGAGAAAUCAGACUUGAAUCUUUAUGUAGUUCAACUUAAGAUAAUUAAUAAAACAUAUUUGAAACAUUGAACGACGAAUAAUCUCUUUUUUGGAGUUCUACAGGAACAGCGGGCGUUGAUGAUAGGGAUGAAUUUCUGAUAUAUAAAGUUGAUGGCGGAUAAGGAUUUAUCAGUUCUUUUUCUAUUAAAUUUUUUUAUGCCCAUUACUUAUAAACUAAGUUAUAUCCAGCUAGACGUGUUAAAUUUGAAGCAGGUUUUUCAAGCUAAUAGUUAACAUAUUCUGAAGACUUUAAUUGCAAUUUAGAAUAUUAAUAAGGAGUUGAGGAUUAUGAUGUUACUUUCAGGUUGAAAAAGCCAGUUUUAGCUUAGGUUGUAAAAAUCACAUUAUCUGGAAGAGUAGGGCUCUAAGAAACUGACAACCAAUAUUACAUAGCAGUAGAGAGAUUUAGAAUUUUUGGUGUUCAUAUUUGUAACUUUGACUAAAAAGAAGAUUUAUGCGAUUUAAAAGAGUACAUUUAAUAAUAAAUCAAAGAAAAAGAAAAUAAUAAAGAUGAAAAUUCAAAAGAAGAAUUAUUCUAGUAGCUUUAAAAAAAAAUAUGUAAAUUAACAAAAUACUUAGCUUAAUUAGUAUCAAAGAGUUAAUAAAUAGAAUACAAUAAUCUUUACAAUAAAAAGAUUGCUUAAGAGUAAGAAUCUAAGCUAUUUUUAGAAACUUAAAAUCUCAAUUUGUUUAAUUAGAUCCCUGAAUUAAGAGCAAAUUUAGUUGCUUAUGAAUUUAUUAUGAAAGACCCAUUAUUGAUGAAGAAAUACUUAGAAACAUGUGUAAGUGUUAUUCAUUAGCUCUCUGAAUUAGAGUCUUUAGUGAUAAUUAUCUAAAAAAUAAAUUUUAGUUUAUUAGGAAAAGCUGUAGCUGUAAUGCUUGAAUUGUACAGAGAGUUCGAUGCUAUUGGAGAUGAAACCAAAAUAGAAAAUUUUGCAAAGAAGUUUUUUUAAUUUAUUACUUUUACAGUUAAAUUUAAUUAACUUCCUUAUGAGUAAAUAUUGUAGCAAGUAGAGUAUUUUUCUAAUUCAAGUUUUUAUAAUUACAUUUUAAUUUAAAAAUUAACUGAAUUUAUCGAUAUUCCAUAAGAAAUCUAUGAGCAGGUUAUUGAAGAAACUAAUUUUAAUCGUAAUAAUAAAAAAAGCAAGAGUCUUUAAUAUAUAAGCAAAAGGCAAAUGCUGCAAUAUGUUUAGAAUAAGUUGAUUCCUAUUUACUUCUUUAUUUUAUUAAAGAUAUUAUUAAAGAGUAACUAAACAAUAAUAACAACAAAGAAAGGCGUUUUUAAUUAAGUAUUAGAAGAAAAAGAAAUUAUCUCAUUACCUAAGAGCUAAAAUGAGAUGGUUACAGAAUAAAGAGAAACAAAUCCAAAGAAAAUUAUUCGUCUGAUGCUAGAAAAAAACAUUAAUUCUGAAAAUGAAGCCAAAAAGCUUGAUGAAUAAAUGAAAAAAGAAGCAUAGACAAUAUUUAUGGAUAGUAAAUGCGUUGAUUUAAUUAAUUAAUAACCAUCGUUACGUCAUAAUUAUUACAUUUUUGAAACUUUAAUUAAUAAACCUGAUUAAUUAAACUAGUACAUUCAUAGUAGAUUUAAUGAUAAAUAAAAUGAGUUGAAUGGUUUUGAAUCUAUUUGCUUUUUUAUACCUUACAUCAACUAUAAAUUGAUUAUUAAAAUUUUAGAUUUAGCUUUUGACCUAGCUAAUUAAAGUUAAUAGUAAAAAAUUAGCGCUUAAGAAUUAAAAAAUGAUAAAAAGAACAUUUGCCAUUUAAUUUAAUUAUUCUUUUAAGAUAACUUGAAACUAAAAUCAAUAGAAAACUAAGACAAAUAUAAAUAAUUUAAGUUUUCAAAAUCAACUUCUGCCUAUUACUUAUUCAUUAAACCUCUUCAAAACUAUUUAAAAAUAUCAGAUGAAGAUGUGGAGAAAAUAGCAGAUUCUUUAAAAUAAAACUUGUCCACUGGAUUAAAAGUUGACUAAAAAACACUGUCAUUUAAUGAAUAUAAAACAUUUGUUGAACAACAUCUUCUUGGCCAAUAAACAAUACAAAUAUUUAAACAUCUUAUGGAAAAUUAUGAAAUAAUUCCUUCCUUCAUAUCAGAUCUCUAAAUAUGAAAACUAUAAUUUCAUAUCAGUAUUAAUAUUUAAUAAUACUAAUAUUUUUAUCUGUCUAAAUUUACUUGUGGUUAAUAUUUUUUGAUUAAAUUGUUCAUAGAUUUUAAAU